CCGAUGCCCGGGAUCUAUAAAUUAAGAGAACCUAUGCUAGUAAUGUAUGAUCAGUUCGUUUUUUGUUCCGAUCAAACACAGUCAUGAAGCUCUUCCUUGUUUUGGCCCUUGUGGCAACAUCCGCCCUCGCCUCUCAGAGGCGUUACGAUGGUUAUCAGGUAUUUGAAGUGAAUCCCAAGAACAAGGUUUCACUGGAAGUUUUGACUAAACUGCGCAACGAAAGAAGCGAUGUCUACGAUUUCUGGACUGAUCCCCGAAACAUCAACCUCCCCGUUGAUAUCAUGGUUCCCCCAGCAUUUGCCUCGACCUUCAUCAAUUUAAUGCGAACGUUCGAAGUUGAUUACAAAGUCAAGAUUGCCGACGUUGAGGCCAUGAUCGAAGCCGGCCGUAAAGAUAUUGCCAAGCCCAUCAUCCGCAAGGAACCCCGACUUUCCCGCGCUGGAACUCCUCGCUAUUCCCUCAACUGGGAAUCGUACUCUGAUCUUCCUGCCAUUGAAGAAUUUCUCGCCGAGUUGUCUGCUGCUUAUCCUAACUUGAUGACCACCACGGUGGUUGGACAAAGCUACGAGGGUAACAACAUGAACUUGGUCAAGAUUUCCACUGGAGGAACUGGCAAAAAAGCUAUUUUCGUUGAUGGCGGUAUCCACGCUCGCGAAUGGAUCUCCCCUGCCUACGUCACCUGGUUGAUCCAUGAGUUGGUCGAGAACUACGCUGCCCAUCCCCAAUACGUUGACAACAUCGACUGGUACAUCAUGCCUGUUAUCAACCCCGAUGGCUACCGUUACACCUUCGCUGCAAAUGGAGAUCGUCUGUGGCGUAAGACCCGAAAACCUAAUCCUGGCAGCCCUUGCAUCGGCACUGACAUGAACAGGAACUUUGGUUUCCACUGGGAUGAGGGAGGCAGCUCUGACCUUCCCUGUGGUGAUACUUACAACGGAGGUGUUGCUUUCAGCGAAAUCGAAUCCCAAAUUGUCCGCGAUACCAUUUUGAGCGUUGCCCCACAGACGAUGGUCUACCUGACUGUCCAUUCCUACGGCCAGUACUGGCUUACCCCAUGGGGUUACACUUCCGACUACCCCGCCGAUUACGAUCAGCUUUAUGAUUUGGCUGUUCGCGCUGUUGACAAACUCACCGCCCUCUACGGAACUCAGUACACCAUUGGAACUUCGACCAACGUCCUCUAUGUCGCUUCUGGUGGCAGUGACGACUGGGCAAAGGGAGGAGCUGGAAUCCCCUACUCCUACACCGUAGAAUUGCGAGACACCGGGAGAUACGGUUUUGAAUUGCCCGCAACUGAAAUCCUCCCCAACAACGCGGAGAUGUGGGAGGCCUUUAAGGUGGUUGCUGAGGAUGUGAUGGCCAUGUAAUCCGAAACAAAAAAUGCUUAGGGAAUGUAAAAAAAGGUUUUGCAUUAAGACCACAAACUUUAUCUUUGCCAUGAAAUAAAAAUAAAACGAUGAGAAAAUGCCCAAAAA